AUCUCACACUGUACAAUAGUCGAUCUAUCAGUCGUACAAUAUUGGCAGUGAUGUUUAUAUUAGACAUUUCGAAAAAAGCACCAUGCCAGAUGUGGGAAAAAGUCUGCUUUUGCAAGCCUUAAGCAUAUUCAUUCAUCUCAAGUCAAGACAAGACGGGUCGAUUUCAGGAUUUAGUGCACAGAAAUGUAAUCCACACCCUUGCUUGCUCUCAAACCUGAUUGGAUGUCAGUAGGUGCUUUGAAUGAGGCAGACUCUGUGGAAACAUGUAGCCAUCAAGGUCAUUGAACACCUUGAAUAGGAGAACAUUUUACUAAACACACUCACUGGAAAUCCCAUCACACUUAAGUCUGAGCGGAGUCCUGAGUCAUUGAUGUCAAGAGUCCAAGCGGAGUGCAAGUCUUUGAUGAUAUUGUCACCAAAAUUAUUAAACUUGUGACUAAGUUGCAUGAAUGGAGUACACACCUCAUCCUGCAACGUACUGCUAUUAGGAUAAAGUCAGAUUUACAAGACAGAAGUCAUAAUUGAAGUAUUAUUAAGUAGUGUAAUACUAUGAAAAUGGUUUUGUAUUCGUUGUGAGGGGGGGAGUCCUGUUUGGAGAAUGUGAUGGAAAUAGCAGUUGAAGAUUUUGUUACACCCACGAUGAAAUGGUCGAUUUCCCAGUGUAACGAGUUUAAUAUUCUCAAAAAAAAUGUCUUUAUUCUCCUAACUGAGCGAACUGUACAACUUUUGUUCACACAAAUAAAAUAUUAUUUUAUUUUAUUUUAGUUUCCUAACUUUGCUCACAUGAAAUUGUUUUUUUUUUUUUUUUUUUUACAAAAAGUAGGACUUAAUGUUUUUUAGUUACACCUUUAUUCUCCUAACAUUUUGAUUUCAUAACCACACUACAUUUCCAUAACAUUGCGGCUUUUUUCUAAAAACAAAAAAAAUGUACUUCUUAUAGUAUUUCGACAUCUAUCCCGUAAUAUUACUAAUGUAUUUUUGUAAAGUGACUGAUUGUAAUUCAUGUCCAACCACUAAAAAGUGUGGCGUUUAAAGGAGGCUGAUGAAUGUUGACUGCUGGUUGAGGCAGGAAGUUGACUGUGGUUAGCUGAGCGGAACAAGGAGGAGCAGCGGCCCUAUUACUCUAUUCAUUACACUGGAAUGAAACGAAUGUGAAACCUAAGGGGAACCGUGGCGCUCUUAGUCAGGAUUUGGCUGCCGUCCUUGGACUGUGAUUCAGCCAUGGUGCCAGCGUGAGAUGCCAUUGAGACAAUGGCGACUGGUCUGCAAGUGGAUCCCGGGAUGGUCCAGAAAUCAGGGGAGAGCCGAGGGCCGUCCUGGCUGCUCUUGCUGCUCACGCUUGCUGCCGUCACCUCCUCUUUGUCAGCUCUGUCCUUGUACCAGCUGGUGGUCCUCAGGGCUGAGGUGGAGGUACUGAAGUCUGAGGUGUAUCGCAGGAGGGAGGAGAGUCAGGAGGCCAAGUGUGGAGACCAGACUGAGGACAUCGGUCAUGGGAGAAGCAGCCAGAUGGACCCUCAACACAUUUUCGCCCUGAUGAGAAGGAGGAGGAUGGUCACGGGGACGGACACAUCCGUUUCUAUGUCUUGUCUGCAGUUGUUGGCGAACAAAAGCAGGAAAACCUUCAAGAAAGACUUUGCCCUGGAGCCAUACACAGGCAUCCCUUGGCAGACCGGCUUGAGGAGAGGCUCUGCGCUGGAGGCGGUGGGAGACAGCAUGCAAGUCCGAGAGGAGGGCUUCUUCUUUGUCUACAGUCAGGUGUACUACAUGGACAGCACGUUUGCAAUGGGCCACGUGGUAAUCCGGAGGAAGAGGACGGUGGUGGGUGAUGAGGCUCAGUAUGUGAUCCUGUUCCGCUGCAUCCAGAGCAUGAACCCCGUGUACCCGUACAACACCUGCUACACAGGAGGUGUUGUGAAGCUGGAGGUGGGUGACCAGUUAGAGCUGUUGAUCCCCAGGUCCACAGCCAAUGUGUCCCUGGAUGGAGACGCCACCUUCCUGGGUGCUGUCAAGCUGGCUUAAAGGUCGUCGCCUGACAUGAGAAGCACUCUUUCAUGUGACCUUAAAUGCUGGGCGACAUUUCUGCACUGCACGGGAGAGACACUGCCUACAGCGUGUUACAUUUUUAUGCAUUUGCCUGCAGCUGCAUGAUUAUAUACAAAAAGUAUUUAGCCUCCUUUACACACACAGGAAUCUUGUCUCUUUUUCUGCACAGGGUUAUUUUAAGAUGUGUAGCAAAGCCUGCUGUUUUUUUUUUUUAUUUUAUUUAAAGCAAAGGUGAUAUCAUGUCCAUGAGGAAGGAGGCUUUUCAGGAAAAGACGCAAUUCAGCUUGCCUGAGAUAGCUGACAAUGCACGCAAUGGGACACACCUAUUCCACCUAUAAAGCCCUCUAAAUUAAAUUAUUCAGGGUUCAAAUCUCCGUUGGACAUCUCUGUGUGGACUUUGCAUGUUCUUUCCGGGUUUUCUCCGGGUACUCCGGUUUCCUCCCACAUUCAGAUCGGCAUGAAUAUGAGUGUGAGUGGUUGUUAGUCUAUGUGUUCCCUGGCGACCAGUCCGGGGUGUUCCCUGCCUCUCGCCCAAAGUCAGCUGAGAUAAGCGAAGCGGCACAGAAAAUGAAUGCAUGAAUGAAUGAACUUUGCUUAAUCACAGUGCUAACUAGUGGCGAAAGGAAAUGUUAUGCAUUGAAUUGAUCUUUCGAUGAGCAAAUGGAUGACCACAAGCAAGAGUCUUCAUCAAAGCAAGGUGGCAAAGGUUGACAUGAAAAUGCCACUAAAGAAGGUCAGAUCAAUCCAAACUUUUAUUGUCCCUGCCUCCAACCGCCUUGCACAAC